AUGGAUCAUGUCAACUACACCUGGAUUCAGACUUUCGUCCUUUCUGGCUUCACUACCUCUGAGACCUUGCAACCUCUUGCCUUCUUGGGGACUCUGUGUGUCUAUUUCUUCACCCUUGCAGGAAACUUGUUCAUCAUUGUCCUGGUUAAGACAGAUUCUGGGCUCACCACACCCAUGUAUUUCUUUAUCAGUGUCCUGUCCUUCCUGGAGCUCUGGUACGUCAGCACCACUGUACCCACACUGCUGCACACCUUGCUGCAUGGGCGUUCACCCAUCUCAUCAGCCAUGUGCUUCACACAGCUGUAUGUAUUCCAUUCAUUGGGCAUGACUGAGUGCUUCCUGUUGUGUGUCAUGGCACUGGACCGUUACCUUGCCAUCUGCCGCCCACUCCACUAUCAUGCAAUCAUGAACAGACAGGUACAGCAAUGGUUAGCAGCUGCAGCUUGGUUGGUUGGCUUCUUAUCUGCACUUGUGCCAGCCAGCCUCACUGCCACUCUGCCCUACUGCUUGAAACAAGUAGCCCAUUAUUUCUGUGACCUGGCACCUCUAAUGCGGUUGGCCUGUGUUGAUACAGGCUGGCAUGCUCAGGUCUAUAUUGUGGUGAUUGGCUUGAUCAACACCUGCAAUCUUCUUAUCGUUUUAGGGCUCUAUGGAGGCAUCUUGAAAACUGUGCUAAAACUGCCAUCAGCUGCCAGUCGUGUGAAGGCUUUCUCUACCUGUUCCUCUCAUGUAACUGUAGUAAUGCUAUUCUUUGGCUCUGCUUUCAUUGUGUAUGUGGGGCCACCUGAGGUGCGUGCUGAGGGCAGAGACAAGUUUUUAUCCUUGGUGUACACUUUUCUUACUCCUUUUCUCAACCCAAUUAUUUACACCCUUCGCAACAGGGAGGUAAAAGAGGCUGUUAAAAGGACCCCCCAAAAGUUUAGGAGUAUGCUUCGAAAACCCUGA